AUGCAGGCCCGCGUCGUCGUCUUCCCCAUCAGGGGCCGCGCCUGGUGCUUCGCCCGCCCGCGCCCCGUCCUCCCCGCCACCUCCGCCUCCGCCUCCGCCGCGGGCAGCGGCGCUCUUCCGCCGCCGCCCACCCUCAAGGACCUCUGGCUCGGGAUCUCCGCCGGCGGCCGCACGGCGCCCGAGAAUGCCGAGGCCGUGGCCGACUUCGUCGCGGACAAGAUGAACAGGGCGUGGAUUGGUUUCGGCAGCGCGCCGGAGGGAUCAGUAAAGAGGCGGAUCCACAGCUUUGGGUUAAAGCUGCUUUCGCGGGUGCGGCCGUCGGAGACUCUGUUGAAGUCACUGACCAAGGAUGUCUCCAUGCUUGAAAUCGUCCACCCUGCAAGUAUAAAUCCUCGUCUCGUGCGCCGACGCCUGCGGCACAUUGCUGUUAGGGGUGCGGCUAUUCACAAAAAAUAUCUGUAUGGCAGCAUUUGCAUGCUUCCAGUAACGAGCGUUUUCAUGGUGCUGCCUUUGCCAAACAUACCAUUUUUUUGGACGCUGUUUCGAGCUUAUUCUCACUGGCGAGCUCUCCAGGGAAGCGAGAGACUCCACUUGCUAGUUUCAGACUGCUCAGGUGAAGGGAAAACCCUUCCCGAGAAGAAAAAUGGAAUGAGUACAAGAAAGGAUGACGACUCACAGUAUGCUCCUUGGAACUUUCAGCCAUCACAGAAGCUCGAUGGGUUCCUUAAGAGGAGAGGCUUGGAUGAGGGUCUGGAUUGCGACACUAUUUCAAGGAUAUGCCAGACGUACGACUUGGACAAGGUUGAUGUCCUGAAGUACAGGGAUCUGGAGUGGCCUAGCUCAGCUUCUCGCACUACCUAG